AUGCUACGACGAUGGCUCGUCGCACCACUCAAACCCGCAUUCCUUCAUCCUAGCCUCCAGAGCUAUCGCCAUUCCUCGAAUGAGGCCUCCUCCUCAUCCCUCCCUUCAACGCCAACGACCACGACCAUCACUCCCGAUCGGCCCAAGGGAAAGAGCCGUACCCCACCCAAGAACCUCCAAUUGCCGCCUUUCCCACCUCUAGUGGAAGGCGAUUUGGAAGAGGAGUUCCUUCGAGGUACGUGUGAAGGGUCUUGAACCUAUGCUGUGCCGGUACGAAGCCGGGAACCCAUUGAGCACCACUCGAGGAACGAGUUUCAUUGCUCAAAAGUGGGGGGCGACAACCCUCUGCUCGACUUGAGUCGGGAGUAGUCCUGACUCGAACUUUUUUUCCCUCUUUCACUUUCCCACUCCCAGGUCGUGGUCCAGGAGGUCAAGUCAUCAACAAAAGUUCCAUCCUCGUUAGUCUCUUGCACGUCCCGAGCGGUACGAGGGUCAAAUGUCAAGUCAGCUAUAAUUUUUCUCCCUCGGGAGAGUCUUGA